AUGAUCUCCUUGACAUGCGAAUGUCCCCACUGGGACGAGGCCAUGCUUCAAGAGCGAGCCGAAGUGAUUGCUGCUCGGAACCAGCCUGUUCCUCCUGCACCUCAGCAUGUUGAGGAAGCUGCUGAAUUCUUAAUGGAGCAGCAUGACUGCUAUCAUAAUGGGGUAUGGAAAAAGCUCAACAUCUCCGCGGAAUGUGAGGCAUGUGGUGACUGGAUGCCUGGUUUCAUUCUCGAAUGCCGGGAUUGUGGACUCCAAGCAUGCAAUUUCUGCUGA